CCCACCUCUCAAAAACUUCAUAUCCUCCGAGAAAUCAUUCCAAAAUGGUCUACACCCUCGUCGUCCACCUCUACGCAAAACCCGACCAAGAAUCCAUCACCAAACUCAUCGAAAAACUCAAAGAAGCUAGUCAAGUCUACUCCAAAGACAAAGAAACUUUAGGAUGGUUCGUAAUGCAAGACCACCUCGACCCCCGCGCCUUCACAAUCGUAGAACGCUACGAAAACGAAGGGAGUCAAAGAUACCACCUCGAAAACCCCUACUGGAAAACUUUUGAUCCUUACGUCGUGCCUUUGCUAGACAGACCGAUGGAUUUGAGGAGGUUGAAUGAAUUGAAUGAUGAGUCGACGCCGGAAGUCAAGGUGGAGAAGGAUGAGGGGUUGUGGGAGAGGGUGAGGGAGUACCAGAAAGCGAAGUAAAUAGGCAUAAGCGAUGCGAAAGGUGUUGUCUGUUUGUGAGCUAGAGUGUCUUGGAGUUCUUAGUAUGUAUUUGCACCCAUGAGGAUGCUAGCACCUGCAACUCCUAGAUGUGAAUGAGGAAGGAGUCGGGGGCGUGUGGAGAAAAAGGGAAUUUCGUGGAUGUAUGCGAGCUAAGCUGUCAGUGAAGGCUUUUGGAAUUUGGAUGACUGGCUUCUGCGUCGGCUUUGGAAAGCAUUGAGGAGCGCCGGAAGAGACGUGCAAACGAGGCAGGAAUGCAGCUUUUAUCACGUUCCAAAAAGCUCCCUUGAGCUCAAGCUUAGG